UCAUCUUUUGACUAAUCCCCACCACUGAUGGUGUUACAGAACAAGUAUAAAGCCAGAGCAUCAAAGCGAUAUAAUGCAGCUCGAGGUGGAGCAAGUGAUGGCAGAGGACGCGGAAGGGGUGGCGGAAGAGGUGGAAUGCAAAGGAGACUAGAUCCGACUGCAUUUCCAUCACUUCCCGGACAAGAUAGUGAAGAGGGAGAAGAGGAAGAGGAAGGUGAUGAGAGUGGAGAAAGUGAUUCAUCUGAACAGAAACGACAACGUUCAAAGUAUGCUCCACGCAAACUAACGAGUAAUUCAUGGAGAUAUGAAGAACCAUCGAAAGAGACGGCUGAAGGUGAAGAGAACGCAGAGGAAGAAGAGGAACCUGAAGUUGAUCUCAGUGGGUUAUUGGAACGAGUUGCUAGACUAGAUUCUUCCAAAACAUCCAAAGCACUUUCUUCUGAACAAGCGGCAAGAAAUGCUUUGGACACAAAUGCAGCUGAUAUAGAUGCAAGUCUACUGUACCUUUUGGAUCGACAAAAGCAAAGGGAUCGUACUGCUGAGCAAGAUUCAAAUGAUAUCAGUCAUUCAUUGCCACGUCAUAAUCUGACAGAAGAACAGCGAAAAGAACUAGAAAGAGAAGGAAAAAGAUUACAAGAGGAAAAAGUACGACAAGAAAAGCAUCAGAGAAGGGCAAGAGUAUUGCAACAAGCUAGUGCAAAGACCAUCUCAUUGGAUAUAGGUGAGAAUCGUCGUGCCAAAGAUGAGAAUGUUCCCAAACCAGCUGCAAGGGGAAAGCAUUCCAAUUCUACCUCCCAUCUCUAUGAAGAUGAGGCCGACUUCCCGAACCAAAAAGCAGGAGAUUAUGAUGUGGACGCAUUCCUAUCAGAGAUGAACACUCCGUCACCAAGAGUACCCGACAUAUCUCGCAGAGCAGAGGAUGUUAAGCAGCUCGAAAUUGCACAGAGGGAAAAGACACACAAGAAGGAACAGGUUGAUGAAGAUUUCCUCGACAGUAUCCUAUGAUGAUGACAAAAUUCCGAAAUUCAGCAUGAUGUAUUAUAUACAAGCGCAAUGACAAUAGUGUACAAU